AGGCAUUUACUAACCUUUCACGGGUUACUAAAUCGCAUAUUACAGCUGUAAAUGCUCCAAUUCGAGUUGAUGUCCCAACUGAACAGUAUGAUAAUGCAAAUGAGUCUAGGCCACUCCUUAAACGUGGUAGACCAAUCGGUUCCAAUGAUAAGAAUCCCCGAAAAAGGAAAGGAGAAAAUGAUCAAAAUGAUCAUAACAUGGAGGCAAUUGCUCAAGAGGAGCAUAAAGACAUAAUAAUUGAUAAGACAUCACAUGAGCUUCAGAAAUCCUUAUACGGAUUGAAGCAAUCAUGGAGGAUAUGGUACAAUCGCCUUAGCGAGUAUUUGCUAAAGGAUGGGUACAAAAAUAACCCUAUUUGCCCUUGUAUCUUUAUUAAGAGGUCUGUGUUUGAAUUUGUCAUCAUAGCUGUGUAUGUUGAUGACUUGAAUAUCAUUGGCACUUCUAAAGAGCUUCCAAAAGUUGUAGAGUGUUUUAAGAGAGAAUUUGAAAUGAAAGAUCUUGAUCCAUUUCGGCCUCAAGAAAAUGAUGAAGAUCUCGUUGGUGAUGAAACUCCAUAUCUUAGUGGAAUUGGGGCACUGAUGUAUCUUGCCAACAAUACUCGACCAAAUAUUGCUUUUGCAAUAAGCUUAUUAGCAAGAUUCAGCUCCUCCCUAACAAGAACACACUGGAAUGGUUAUUUGUCUGAUUCACAUAAAGCCCGAUCUCAAACAGGUUAUUUGUUUACAUAUGGAGAUAAUCCAACUACACUAUAUGAAGACAAUGUUUCUUGCAUUGCUCAACUGAAAGGAGGAUACAUCAAAGGAGACAGAACAAAGCACAUUUCACCAAAGUUCUUUUUCACACAUGAUCUUUAA